ACAGACCGGACGACCCAGCUCAGCUCAGAGCACCUUGCACGUGUGAGCGUGUUCGUGUGUGCGCGUGCGUGUGUGUGUUUGUAUGUACGUGUGUGUGUGUGUGUGUGGGUGUAUGUAUGUGUGUGUGUGUGCGUGUGCUCUCAUGGUAACUCCAAGUGUCUCCAGGAAACUAAAUACAGGAUUUAGUUGGACAGCAACUCCGCAGAGCCGCAUGGUGCAGUGCCCGUGGGAGGCCUCUCCACAUGAGUGUGUACACACCAGCGUGGCUCAGCGGGUGGAGGGGUGUGUGUCGGGACAUCGAGUGGAUCAGUGAAACUUUCCCACAACAGACCUAAGAGCUGAUGCUUCCCGCCAUCACCAUGGAAACGGAGGCCAGUCAGAUGCUGGAGGCUGCACUGGAGCAGAUGGAUGACAUCAUUGCAGAUUCCAAAGCAGCAGCGGUGGAGUUUUCCAACAGCAGGUGUGACCUGGCUGCUCCCGUCAGCGCCGGUCCUCUGCAGGUGGUUCACCUGGCUGAGGACCUCAGACUGGCCCUGGAGCUCCAGCUCAACCAGGACGAGAGAGACGGCCUCCGAGCUCAGGUACCCUCGGGGACGGCACGCGUCCUCAUAGACUGGCUCCAGAGUGGAACUGUGGACCUGUGUUCUCCUGCCUCCCAUGAGACCUACCAGGAACGACUGCUCCGCCUAGAAGGAGACAAGGAGUCUCUCGUGCUUCAGGUGGGCGUUCUGACCGACCAGGUGGAGGCCCAGGGGGAGAAGAUCAGGGACCUGGAGAGCAGUCUGGAGGAGCACCAGAAGAAGCUGGCCUCCACAGAGGAGCUGCUGCAACAGGAGUUGAAGAGCAGGACCUCUUUGGAGUCCCAGAAGCUGGAUCUGAUGGACGAGGUGUCCUCCCUCAGGCUGAAGCUGGGCGGUGUGGAGGAGACGCCCGCCGCCGCCGCCACGCCGCCACGAGAAGACCCCGAGGACGCCAAGCAGAACAAAGCCGAGUGUGUGGUAAAUCUCAUCAGUGAGCUCCAGGAGCAGAUGUGCAGGUUUCAGGAGGAGAUCGGCACCCGCAUCCAGGAGAAGCGAGCCCUGGAGGAGAAGGAGGCGCAGCAGGGGGAGGCCGGCGGCGGCGGCCACGCCCACAGCCCCCGCCCCCCGGCCGGGUCAGCCGGCUCCGACCUCCGGAUGCACAGUGGAGGACGGACUGUACACGAUUUGCUCCAAGAUGUGGAACAGCUGAAGAGCAGAGUGGACGAGCUGGAGGGAGAGAAGGGCCACGAUGAGAGGAGACUCAGAGCCACCAAGGCGGAGAUAUCGGAGCUGCAGCAUCUCGUGGCCUCCAAAGACGCCGAGAUCGAACGCCUGCAGAGCCAGCUGCUGGCCAGAGGCAGCACAGCCAAUGAGAGAGACCAGGAAUACCAGAGGCUGAAGGUGGGGAUGGAGUCCCUGUUGGCGUCGAACGAGGAGAAGGACCGACAUAUAGAGGAGCUGACCGUUCUGCUGAGACAGUACAGAAGGAUGAGGGAAGUUCUGGCUCUCACGCAAGGUAAGAAGGCUGGAGGUGGAGCGGCGGAGACGCCGUCCUCUCUGUGUGUUAACCGUGUGGCGUCGACAGGGAGCAGUGAGGAGGAGCUGAGCGGCAGUCUGAGACUCAGAGACAUCACACACAAAGCAAAGUCCGAUUCCGUCCGGUCCGAGAUGUCCUCCCGAGGGUCUUCUCCACUGAUGCUUUCGUCGUCUCCCUACCAGAGAGAACUGGACUCCAGCAUCCACAACUUGAUGGACAGUUCUCUGCUGUCUCCGGGGGACAUGAACUCCUUCAUCGGCUUUUGGCCUCGGUGCAAGCUGCUGUCCAGCAGCCUGGAGGAGCUGCAGAGCGGAUCCUUUCAAAAGAACGGUCACAUGGAGCCGAGCCAGUACCGGACUCUGCCGGGGAAACUGAAAGGCAAAAAGAGAGCCGAGCCGAACCAACAGCGAGAUGGAGAGAAUGUAUCUCCCGUCCACAGCCAGGACCCGGACCAGGACCAGGACCCGGACCAGGACCCGGCCCCAGACCAGGACUACCGUCUCAGACUUCCAGAGAAGCUGGACCAGUCCCCCCGGUCCUCUGGAGUGGACUCCGGACAGCAGUCCCCCGUCUCACCAGAAAACAGGAAGACUCACAGAGGCAUGAAGAAAUUCUGGGGGAAGAUCCGUCGCAGCCAGUCAGGUAAUCCUGCCCAGGUCCAUGACCCCGAGCUGGGAGAGUUUCGGAGGGGAGGCCUCAGAGCGACAGCUGGACCGAGACUCGGGAACACACGAGACCUGAAGUUGCCUUUUUCCAAGUGGAGCACAGAGCAGGUGUGUUGGUGGCUCGAGGACAUUGGACUGGGCCAGUAUGGCGUCUUUGCUCAGCACUGGGUCACCGGCGGUGACACUCUGCUGUCGGCCACCCAGCAAGACCUGGAGAAGGAACUGGCGAUGAAGAACCCGCUCCACAGGAAGAAGCUCCAGUUGGCCAUCAAGACGCUCGGCAACGGGCAGCCGGAGAAGUCUUCGGAGCUCGACUACAUCUGGGUCACUCGGUGGCUCGAUGACAUCGGACUCCCUCAAUACAAAGACCAGUUUAAUGAAGGCCGGGUGGAUGGGCAGAUGCUGCAGUACCUCGCUGUGAACGACUUGUUAUUCCUCAAAGUGACCAGUCAGCUGCAUCACCUCAGCAUCAAGUGUGCCAUUCACGUUCUCCACGUCAACAAGUUCAGCUCCAACUGCCUCAAGCGCCGACCCGGCCACGAGGCGAGAGAGAACCAGUUCACGCCCAGUGAGGUGGUCCAGUGGUCCAACCACCGGGUCAUGGAGUGGCUGAGAUCUGUGGAUCUGGCAGAGUACGCCCCCAACCUGCGGGGCAGCGGCGUGCACGGAGGGCUGCUGAUGCUGGAGCCGCGCUUCAACUGGGACACGAUGGCGCUGCUGCUCAGCAUCCCUCCUCACAAGACGCUGCUGCGGCGCCACCUCAACACCAACUUCAGCCGCCUGGUGGGGGCGCAGGCGCACCGCGAGAAGAGGGAGCACGCCGAGGCGCCGGGCUACAGCCCGCUGGGCAUCACGGCCAGGGUCAAGGUGCGGCGCCGCGGCAGAGGAGGAACGGUUCUGAACUCCUACGGAAAACCUCCAGACCCGUCCAGUGCACCAGGGAGACUGACCUUUGACCUCCGCCGUCAGUCCACCAUGGGCCAAUCCGGCAGCAAACCCGCUCCCAAACCCUCCCAGAGCCCCUUCCAGAACCCCUUCCAGAACUCCUUCCAGAACUCCCAAUUCGUCGCUUCUUUCAAGGAGCGCUUCCAAAGGCGCGCCGCCGACGGCGCCGCCGAGAGCCCCCGGCCGAGCAUCUUCUCCACGCUGAGGCCCCCGAGGGCCAAACCCAACAACUUCAUCGACCUGUUCAACGACUGCAUCUCCGCCGCCUCGUCCAGAACUCAGGAGUACCUCCUCUUCAAAGACCCGGAGGACAAGUUCCGCCCCAGCACCGAGGUGCUGACUCAGGUGUUCCUGAUGACGUACAUCACUCGGAGCGUCGACCUCAACAUGACGGACACCUUCAACUGCACGGCCAUGACGCCCGAGCAGCGCGUCCUCCUGGGCGCCGACUGGGUCUGGGCCAAGCUGGACAAGCCCUCCAAGAACCCCCAGAUCCAGAUCGCCGUGCAGGUCCUGCACCUGCAGGCCAAGGAGGAGGAGGAAGACGAGGAGGACGGCGUGAGCCCGGAGGCCUUCAGCGAGUCGGUCCUGAUCGCCCAUUGCGAGUCCGGCAACAACACCAGGUACGAGCGGCUGGUGGACUUCUGCACCUCCGUCGGCAAGGACUGCUACGCCCUCUUCCUGUUCGUGGGGAAGAAGAGCGACAGGGGCAACAUCUACGGCGUCCUCAGCAACAACUUCGAGGCGGCCAUCGGGAAGUGCGACAAGAUCAACAGGGCGUUCGUGGAGAACUUCUUCAAAGGCUCGAGGUAUCUGUACACGCCGUCAGGCAUGAUGCAGGCCGUCGUCUCCAAGAAAGAUGGAGACGCCCUGACCCUCAUGAUUAAGUUCAGCUGAAGCAGAGCGAGGCCAGAGAUGUCAUCGCCGACGCCGCGAGGUACGAGGACGACUUAGUGGGGUAGAGAUUGGGGAUUUAUUUUGGUGGAUCUCUGGAGGAACAGCCUCCAGACGUAGAUAUAUAUAUAAAUAUAUAUAUAAGAUUGUGGUAUUUUUUUCUUCCAACAAGAAUGUCAGUUCACAACUUAAUCCUUUUAAACACGUUAGAACACAUCGUUAAAAAAUGAGGCCAAACACGAAUUAUGAAAAGGUCUCAUCAUAGCAUUUCUGAAAUAGCAGAACACAAAGCUCAAGCUUUUAGUCGGGAACUCUGUUGUCUUUAUUCUCCUGUGAUAUGUUGACAAAGUGUCUUUUUUACUGAGAGCUACACUGCGAUACAAGGAAAAUGAGACCCAAAAAUGAGAAUAAGUGGAUUAUUUUUUAGUACGAUGUGCCUCGUACUAAAAAAUAAUCCACUUAUUCUCAAUUUUGGGUAUUAUUUUCCUUCACUGAGAAAAAUAAAACACCUUCUCACAGUGUUCACUCGAGUGUAAGGAACAACAAUGAUGAUGGCUGCUGUACAGCAAACACACACCUGUUCGAGACAUGUUGAUUUGCCAUCGGUCAAUUAAAAUGAUUAAAUAUCACGAAUGAUAAUAUUGUGUCGGUUUAUUCUGCUGCCGUUGAAAACACAGAGGACUGAACAGGGCGUUCUUCCCUGGGAUGUUUUGCAUAACGAGCAGCUCAAACUCCCAUAUUUACUCAAUAAACACAAAUUUGUACGGAAGUCAAUUUUUUCUCUGCUCGAGGUUCAUUCUUGUUUUCUUUCAAAUGUGUAUCGACAACGAACGUUCAGCCUUUUAUUCACAGUCAAUUCUGAAAGGAUGAAACUAUUCUAAAACAAAUUGUUGUCUUUUUUGUUCUUUCUCCCCAUUAAAAUACAGUUGAUGUUACCAUAGUAACGUUA